GCCCACGCACAUUACCUCUCGCCAUCAGUAACACACCCAUCAUGAGUAUCAUGUUGCUUGUCAUCUGUUGCGUCAUUAUUAUUAGUGUGGAGGGUAUGACCGCCGACUUUGCGAGGAACAACUCGUUGACGUGGACGACGCCGCAAGGAGGAGCGACACGGAGCGGAGCUGGACCCAUGCCGAUGACUAUGUAUGGACCAUUGUACACAUCAUGGAGCAGGUCAACAAGUGUCAACGCCUUCAAUACUAUGGUUAUUGGUUCCGUCGAAGGUUCUACCAAACUGGUUGCUCUCACCGAUGUGGCUUUGAGUGUCUGGGAUGUCGAGUCUGGUUCCCUUGAUUAUCAAUACACGGUUUAUCGUUGGCUCGGCUCGCAUCAGUUGCAAGGCAUCGCUCUCUGGCCAACUCUAGCUGGAAAGGGGGAUACCCUUGUGGCAUCUGUCUCUAACUCUGGCGCUGACGUCUUGUACCUCCGCGUCAAUGUUGCUGCUUGGGAGCUCAAGACUGGUCAGCCGAUCUGGUUCUUCACCCCAAAGGCGCCUGUUGCCGGCACUUCCAUUAGUGGCAUCUCGUGCGUGGCUGCCGUGGCUUCCUCUGCAGCUCCUCCUCCACCUGUCUGGUGUCUCGGCGGCUUGUUUGUCAACCAACGAUCGUACAUCAAUACCACUCUUUACGAGCUUGAUGCUUCAUCCGGCAAGGUCCUUGCCGAGACGCUGCUCUUUCAGCGCUCCAACGGAUUCUACCUCGACACGAGUGAGGGUGCGAGUCCGACGCUCUCAGCGGAUGGCUCGAUGCUGUAUGUUGCAUACGGCGAGUACUCGGUGAUUACUACAGGCUCGACCCGUGUCGCUGCCUACGAUCUCGCCGGCGGCGUGCCUGCCCUCAAGUGGUCGGUCUCCACCGGGCUGAUGGACGACCAGAUUCCAGCCCUUGCCAUUGUUGUUGUCUCGCCGACUCGGCUGGCAGUCGGCCUACAAUCGGGCAAGUCGAGCCCAAACCCCUCGAGCGUCGUGAUUCUCGAUGCGGAGACUGGUGCCACCAUCGGCGAGGAGGAGGUCGAGGACGCACUUGCGUAUGUGGUCGGCAAGGGCAACAUGGUGUACGCAGGUGGAGCAUUCGACACGGUUGUGGCCAUCGACUUGCGCAACAGCGGCAUGAAGACUUCGCGGAUCAUACUGCCGUCGGCCUCGGCGACUACCUCGGCCAUUCUCGGCUCGAACGGUGCGCUCGUCUUCCAGCUCGUUCACCUCGACGCGAGCUGCUACUUUUACUAUCUCGACGCGGACUCGGGCACGCCUGUGGCGUGGUCGUCGACCGAGUGCGAUGGUACCGGGCUUGCCGCUACUGAUCAUCUCCUCUUCCGUGGCAACAACUUUGAGGUGACGGCCGACUGCCUGGUCGAGCCGUGCCCGAGGAUUGCACCUCCGCCGCCGCCGGCUCCGUGGACGCCCGAUUAUUAUCCGCCGCCAUCACCGUGGUUCCCAUGGCACACGGUGGCCAUCAUGGGUGCGGCUGUGGUCAUUGCACUUGCUAUCGGUGCCAUCUUUGUCAUCCGGUCUCGCUAUCGCCGGCGGAUGAGUUACGGGCCGCUUCUCGAGCAGCCCGGCUACGUCAGCGGCCAAGGUCCAGUGAUCGGAAGCGGAUAUGUGGGACCGGCGCCGGCGCCUGAAUCGGGGCUUACACCGCCAUCGUAUUCCACUAACUACGGCGGGGUGGCGCCUGUGGCAGGCGGAGUGGUGGCUGCGGGCGAGGCGCCCCCGGCAUACACGCCAACUACCACAGGGACUGUCUAGAUCUUACACUCUGUGACUGUUUAGCCUGGUGAGCGCGACAUUGAAGAGAUGGGCAGCUUGUUGUGCGCCAUCAGUAUAAAGCCUG